CACCUUCAUUUUGCUCACACUUGCAUUUUAUUUAGCUUUGCGCCUUUGCCUUUAGCACUAGCAGCAGGAACCAACGUCUUGGAUUUUGGAUCUCUCCAUUUCUCUCCAUUCAAGUUUUCAAUGUAAGUUCUCAAUCUCUCUCUUCGUUUCUCUCUCAAUAAUCAAUACACUCUGUCAAUUUUUUUUCCAUACCCAUCUUCUUUUAGGAGCUUUUCUUUCGGUAUAAAUUAUGAAAAUCCAUCUUUCUUUCGGUAUAGACUCAUACCCAGAAAAAAUUAUUGGCCGUGUUACCCGUGUAUCAAUUUUGCUGUCGUAGUUUCUCAUAUUUAAUAAUAUUUGGCACCUAUGGGAAAGUCUCUGAGUUUAUUAUUAAAAAAUAUUAGGCACCUAUCAAAUUUAUGCAAAAUGUUUGUUAAAGAUUCUGAUUAGUGGUUUUUAGAGUCAUAAGCUCAAUGUAUUUGGGGGUCUCUCGUGUUCUUAGAUAUCAAUUUAUGCCACAUGCCUUUCCAUUGUUUCCAUGGCCUUUAUUGUGAUCUUAAUGAACACAGGGAUUCAUUUUGAAUCAUUGAUUGACCUGAAAUAAAAAUUGAACUGUGAUUAAUUUAAUUGAGUUCACAACUUAGGUUAAUUAUUUUUGAAUUCCAAUUGUUUGAUAAAUUGUCCCAAUGAAUUAACUUUGUGAUUCCUCUCCCUAGUUUCACUCAUUUAUUUCCAAAUCGUUUCAUUUUACCCCUUAUUUAUUAAUUUUUACUUUUAAAAAGUUAAUUGAAUGAAAUUUUGACUAGUAUCUCUAAUUCUAUAUUGUGAUUCGAGGUUUACUUGAAAGCUUAGAUUUGAUUUCAUGGAUUCAAAAGGCCCAUCUUCUUCCUCUUCUUUUAGCCGUAAGUGGAAAUACGAUGUCUUUCUAAGCUUCAGAGGUGAAGAUACUCGCAAGAGUUUUACAGAUCAUCUCUACACUACUUUGAAACAAAAGGGAAUUUUCACCUUUAGGGACGAUGAAAAACUUGAAAGAGGCAAACCUAUUAAACCUGAGCUUUUAGAAGCAAUAGAAGAAUCAUUGUAUGCUAUUGUCAUUCUCUCGAAAAACUAUGCAUCCUCAACAUGGUGCUUAGAUGAACUUGUAAAGAUCAUGGAAUGCAAAGAUAAAAUAGGAUUAAUAGUUCAUCCCAUUUUCUACGAUGUGGAUCCAUCUGAGGUACGAAAGCAAACAGGAACUUAUGCACAAGCCUUUGUCAAACAUGAAAAAGAGAAUAUAGAUAAAGUUCACAUAUGGAGAACUGCUUUGACAGAAGUGGCCAAUCUCUCUGGUUUGUCUUUACAUGAUAGGUAUGAGUCAGAAUUUAUCCAAGAUAUUGUGGAAUUCAUAUCACAUAAAUUGAGAUAUCCAUUACUAAGAGAUAUCAAAGGAUUAGUUGGAAUAGAUUCCCAAGUGGAGGACUUGAUGUCGCUUUUAGCUAUAGGAUCAAAUGAUGUUCGCAUUAUCGGGAUUUGGGGAAUGGGUGGAAUCGGUAAGACAACUUUGGCUAGAGUUGUUUAUGAGAUGAUUUUUAGUGAAUUUGAAGGUGAUUGUUUUAUCGCUAAUGUUAGGAGUAAAUCUGAAAAAUAUGGGUUACUUCCAUUACAACAAAAACUUAUUAGUGAUAUUUUGAUGGAGAAAAGUGUGGAUAUUUAUAUUAGGGAUGAUUAUGAUGGAGUUCGUAUUAUCAAGAAUAGCUUAUCUCAUAAAAAGAUUCUUCUUGUUCUUGAUGAUGUAAAUCACUACAGUCAACUAGAAAAGUUAGCUGGGGAGUCUAAUUGGUUUGGUCCAGGUAGUAGAGUUAUCAUAACAACAAGAGAAGGGCGUUUGUUGAAAAUGCAUAAUGUAUGUGGAAUAUAUGAGCCUCAAGGACUAAAUGAUAUUGAGGCUCUUCGUCUUUUUAGUUUGAAAGCCUUCAAAAUAGAUAACCCCCCUGAAGAUUAUCUAAAAUUGUCCACAUAUUUUGUAAAUUAUGCUAAAGGCCUACCUUUAGCUAUUGAUGUUUUGGGUUCAUUUUUGCAUGGUAGGAGUAAGGAGGAAUGGGAAAGUGCAUCAUAUAAGCUCAAGGAAUAUCCUGAAAAAGAAAUUAAUGAAACACUUGAAAUAAGUUUUAAUGGACUUAAGGAUAUAGAAAAGGAAAUAUUUCUACAUAUCGCAUGUUUCUUCAAUAUGAAGGACAAAGAUUAUAUAGUAGAAAUACUAGAUUGUCUUGGCCUUUACCCUGCAUUUGGAUUGGAUGUUCUCAUUGAAAAGUCUCUCUUAAAAGAUUAUGAAAAUAAAUAUUGGAUGCAUGACUUACUACAAAUAAUGGGACAAGACAUAGUUCGUCGAGAUUAUCCUCAAGAACCUGAAAAGUGGAGCAAAUUGUGGCUGCAUAAGGACAUUCACAAUGUGUUGAUGAAAAAUACGGAAAUGGAAGCAAUUGAAGGACUUGUCCUUGAAUGUGGCGAACUAAAUAAAUUAGAAAUGGCACAUUGGAAUCUUGAAGCCUUUCCAAAGAUGCCUAACCUUAAAUUGCUUAUAAUUCAUGAUGUUCAACUUCUGCAUGGCCCCAAACAUCUUUCUAAUAAAUUAAGAAUUCUUGAUUGGAGUAUGUAUCCUUCAAAGUCUUUGCCAUCGAAUUUUCAACCAUAUGAGCUUGUUGAACUUCAAUUGUUGCAUAGUAAAAUUGAACAGCUUUGGAAAGGGACAAAGUAUUUGGACAAGUUAAAGUUCAUCAAAUUGAGCAAUUCCUUAAACCUCAUUGCAACCCCUGACUUCACCGGAGUUCCCAAUCUUGAGAAAUUGGUUUUCAAUGGUUGUAUAAAUUUACUUGAGGUACACCCAUCUAUAAUGGUUCUUAAAAGACUUAUUCUUCUUGAUCUAGAAAACUGCAAAAGCCUUAGAAGUCUUCCAAGCAAGUUUGAAAUGGAGUCUCUUGAAAUUCUCAUUCUUUCUGGCUGUUCAAAAAUCAAGAGAAUUCCAGAAUUUAUGGGAAGUAUGAAACGCUUAUCAAAACUUCACUUAAAUGGCAUUGCUAUUACAGAACUUCCCUCUUCAAUUGAACAUUUGACUAAUCUUGAAGAACUAUCUUUUCGAGGAUGUAAAGGGCCACCAUCUAAACUAUGGAAUAAGCUUUUUCCCUUUAAUUUAAUGCAAAGAAGAAGCCAAAAUCCGGUGAGCUUGUUAUUGCCUUCCCUACUGGGUAUGUGUUCUUUAAAGAGAUUGGACCUAAGUGACUGUAGUCUCCAAACAAUUCCUAAUGAUUUUGGAAACUUAUCCUCUAUAGCUAUCUUAAAUCUAAGUGAAAAUCACUUUAGUUGCCUUCCUGAAAGUAUCAAGCAACUAUCUAAAUUGUCGGCAAUUUAUUUACGCAAUUGCACAAGACUUUGUUCAUUGCCACAAUUGCCAUCAACAACUUUUUGGGUUGUAGCAGAUGGUUGUACCUCAUUGGAAACAUUUCCAAAUGGAUUAAAACCACACCAUACACAUCGUACACAUCUUUUCUUCUUGAAUUGCUUCAAAUUGGUUGGUCGGAGUGACAUGUUCAUUAACGUGCUGAGAAUGCUAUUAACAGUUCAUCAGGAAAUUUGCAAGCAAUCUAUAAUAUUAUAUCCCUUUGGUUCCUUUAAUAUUGUGAUUCCUGGAAGUGAAAUUCCGAAAUGGUUUAGUCAUCAAAGUGUGGGAAAUAGAGUUAAUGAACAAGUUACUCAUCCCAACAAAAAUGUGAAUAUACAAGUGCCUUCGCGUUCGAGUAAUAUGUGGAUUGGAAUCGCUGUGUGUGCUGUUUUGUCAUGCCCCAAUUUUUAUCUUUCUGAUAUUUUGAGAUGUUGCAUUCUAAUCAAUAACCAUAAAGGUUCAAACUUUUCUGUAGGCAUUAACCCUAGAUUGGUUAAGAUUAAAUCACAUCACCUUUGGUUGUCCUAUAUACCCUCUCAAAUGUUUAUUGAGAAAGUGAGAGCAAUAUUGAGUCAAAUUGAUGAGAAUGGAAUCAUACAGAUAGAGGUUAGAUUUCAAUGGGAUUCCAACUACUUCCUGGAGGUUAAUAAAUGCGGGUUUCGUAUGGUAUAUGAACAAGACAUUGAAGAUAUAAGAGAAAUGAUAUCAGCUCAAUCCAGCAACAGCACCUGCAUCACUCCUUAUGAGGGUUUGGAUAUUCACCAUGAUUUUCACAAUUCAACAGAAGGUAUCAAAAUGAAGCGAAGCCGUGAUGAAUAUGAAGGGGCUGGAGCUAGUGGAGAAGGCAGCUCUAACAAUGUCCCACACUCAAAGAGGAUUGAAAGAUAGAGAAUGGAUGGGCUCAUGCUAACUCUGAUUGCAACAAUUCUAAUGAAGUUGGCCUAGUACCAGUGCAUGGAACUGUAUAAGAAAUGGUGAAGAUCAUCAUCUGGUUUCCCAAAGUAAUUCCAAAUCAUGUGUUUAUUGGUUGGCUAAGGGUUCGCAACAGAUUGUCUACAAAAGAUUGAAUGUUUUAGUGAUAUACUAAUCUUGAUGCUCAGUGUGUUGUUUGUAAACGAAGAAUUAAAAGUACGGUUCGCUUAUUUUGUGAUUGUUUCUUGAUGGUUUAACCAUUAGAUCGCAGGGACUACAGUGAAUACACGUCACUCAUUCUUGUAAUAAGUGGAUUGGAAUGGUUGUGUGUGCUUUUUUUUCACUCCAUUAUCUCAAGAAGAUAUAAUGAAGGGUUGUUAUAUCUCUGUCAAUAACCCUAGAAAUUCCAGAUGUUUCGGAUUCUUAAAUCAUAAAUUUGUUCAGACUGAAUCAGAUCACCUUUAGCUGCUUUAUAUUCACCCUGAAUGUGUUUCUGAGAAUGAGAUAGCAGACUUUAGUCAACUGGAUGAGAAUGGAAUCAUUCAUACGGAGGUUGAAUUUGAUUGUAAGCCCACACUGAGUGUAAGAAAUGUGGGUUUCGUAUGGUAUACAAGCGAGACAUUGAAGAGAUCAGAGAAAUGAUGGCUCAAUCCAGCAACAGUAGCUGCAUCCUUUUGAGGUAUUGAGAUCUCAUGCAAUAGCUACACCUUGUAAUCAUCAAGAGGGUGUAGAUGUUGAUGCUCGACAUGAUUUUGACAAUUCAACAGAAAGUAGCAAAAUGAGAAAAACCGUGAUGAAUACAAUAGGGCUGGACCUAGUGGUGAAUGCAGCUCUAAUGAUGUACCACACUCAAGGAGGAUUCAAAUAUAUACAAAGAAUGUAUGGCUCAAGGUAGCUCUGACUUUGGUAACUCUGAUUGCAGGGAUUCUAAUUAAGGUGGUUCAGGACUACCCUGAUUUAGUCUCUGUAGUCCUCUUUCUUUGACUUUCUCCACCAACGGUAACAAAGCAUACCCCUCUCUCUCUCUCUCUCUCUCUCUCUAUAUCUUUCUCUCUCCCUUUCUGUUCUUCUCUGAUGUCAGAAUUUUUGAGCUAAUCUUUUCUUUGUUGAGUAUGUCAGCCUCAGUCACUCAACAUCUGCACUCACCUGUGGUUUCUCACUCUUCACUCUCUCACCCACAGUCAGCGACUCCUAAAGCAGUUGCAUUCAGUAUUGUCUCUGAAAGGUGCAUGAAACUGUACAAGGAAGAAAUGGCCCAAAGUUAAAUGGUUAAGAUCAUCUGGUUUCCCAAAGUAAUUCCAAAGCAUGUGUUUAUAGGCCGGCUAACGGUUCACAACAGAUUGUUAACAAAAGAUUGAAUAUUGUAGUGCUGUGCUAAUCUUGAUGCUCAGUGUGUUCUUUGUAAAAAGAGAAUUCAAAGUAGGAUCACUUAAUUUGUGAUUGUUCUUUCUCGAUGAGGAUAUGGUGAACCAUAAUGAGCUGGUGCAUAAUAAAAAAUCCAAAGUUCAGUUGGCUUGAGAUUAUGCUCUAUGAUGAGUAAUCCAUUUGUGUCUGGACUGGCAUUUUGGUCUGCUGUGUAUCAUAUUUGGUUUCAGAGGAAUGCUAGUAUUCAUUAAGGAAGACUACCUCAUGAAGAGGCAUGGUCAAAAUGAUCAUGUGGGAAGUGAAGAACAGAGUUGAAUGUAACAGUUACUGCAAUUCUGUUCUAAACAGGAGAAUAGUAGUAGUUAAUGGUCCUUGUUUCUGUUAUCUAACAGAUAAGGAAAUUUCAUUUUGUAAUGUUUAUGGUGUAGGCUGUUUCUAUAUUGAUGUUGGAUUGUUUGGUAGUGUUUUGGACUGAUUGUACAUCUGUUUCUAUUGAAAUGAAUUGCUCACUCUGUUUCUAUUGAUUA